AUGGGCCCCAUAAAUUCGCGCAGAGCCGAAGACAUGCAACGCUCCGUAAGACAUGCCCAGUUGGCGUCGUGGCCUCUGCCACCUUGGAUCAUCAGGCCCUUUUGGUUGUACAUGCGCUUUUGGCUCCAUCUUCCAUUUGGCGUAAUGCGCGACCGCUGGACCCGAUCACACGAUCUGGCAAAUGAGUCACGAUUGAAGCUGAUGGCAUCAGUCUGCCUGAAAACCCUUUCUGGUUCCGAGCUUCUUAUCAGUCCGGCUAGUCUUUUGGUUAGAAUGCAAAAAGUUCUAGUCACGAGGUGA